CGGAAAAUGGACACGUCGAGAUUAAAGUCGACAUGACAUUUCAACUUUAUUCUCGACAUUUCGAUUUUAAUCUCGUCACGGCAAAAAUAUUUUUUUGCUUCACGUUUGGCCCUAAUACUCCGUCGUAGCCUACUACUUUUCAUAGUCACUGGCGGCAAAAAACGAAUUAAAAUAAAUUCAACUAGUAGCUUUUUACACGAGGCACCUAUAAAAUGGCUGCCAUACAUAACGUAGCUGUUAAGGGGUACUGCAGGUGCGGGCAGGCCGAUACAGAGCACCGUCGAAGCCUCGUGUGUCUCGUCGCCUGGUUGUUCACACGCCAGACACUUCUCGGACGGCAGAGUUGUCCGCCCAUUCAAUAUUUAACCGUUAACCUUCGUUCAAACGUUUAACUAAUCUUCAACGCAAUCUUCAAGCGGGUUGGUUUCUGACAUACGUCAGACCUGUGUUGAUGGUAAAACAAUAAGUGUUUUUAAUUUUUUACUAUCAUUACCAAGAACACACGUUUGACCUGCUUGAAGAUUGCCUUAAAAUAAGGGGAUUUUUAGACGUGAAUGGAACUCUGCCCCGGGUGUUUACCACGCGGCAAGAUGGCAGCGGCAUUGCCGCAUACGUGCCACUGAACAGCGCAGCUCAGGUGAUAUCUAGUCAGUGUAUAUAGCUAUGGUCGCUAAACGUUUAUUUCUUGUUGCACUUGCGCCAAAAUAAUUAAUCGAGUGGAAAUAUGAUUGUUAUAUAUACCAGGCGUUUCUCUGUGGGGACCCCCGUUUAUAUGGCUUAGAGGCUAGGUGCUUGCUACAUCCGGGUGUACUUGGUAGAAGCGAAAUGCUAAAAGCAAUGCUUGCCUGUCCAAUAGUAAGGGGCGAGGGAGGGCCUUCAGACCUGUCAUGUAGGCCCCAUCCAUUUUUUGGGUGAAAACGGAUAAGAGUUGAUGCGCGCGCAGGCUUGAAGAGCGCGCGCGCGCAGGCUUGAUGAGCGCGCGCAGUGUGUGUUAAAAGUUAUUAAUUCAAUUAGGUCUUGUUCAGGUGUUUAUUGUGCUCACCUGUAGUCUUUUACAGGUUGUUUUUUUAUAUUCAUUGGCUGCUGUUCAGGUCUUCUGGGUGCUACUGUGUUUCAUUUUUAUGUAAAAAUAUUAAAAUGUACAAAUAUUCAUACUGUUUUGUGUAAAUAGGAAAAUAUGAAAUGGUUAUUUAACUACCAAUUUUUAUUUUGUAAAUUGCUAUGUGGAAAAUAUAAAAUGCUUAUUGAAGUUGCAUAUCUGUCUUAAUUCUCUUUUCUUUCUUUUUCCAGGUCUACAUGCUUGAAAUGGUAGAAUGCAAACAUAAAUGAGUUGGCUUUGUAAGUACUGUACCUACUUCUCAGAAAAUCGUAGAAGAAUAAUUGAACAUUAUAGAGCUGUCCAUGGACAUUUUGGAAGAAACUGUCCAUUGCCCUGUAUCUACAGUGACUGUCAUCGAGUUUUCCGAUCACAGCAAUCCCUGAAAAACCACUUAACACAACAUGGAGUUUCACAGCAUGAACCUACUGGACAUUUAAACUUUAAAAUUAACUGUCAGUUAUGCGAUUUCAAUGAAUCAGUGAAUAUAAAACAGUAUUUCUCUCAUCUUGGGAAACAUCUUAAAAGUAAAGAGACUGUUACUUGCCCCUUUAAUCAUUGUUCUUUCAAAUCAAGGGUUUACUCUACCUUUACUUCACACAAAAGUCGAUUUCAUAACAAUGUCACACUGCAAGACUUGAAAUCUGACCUUGUUCUUCAAACAAAUGUAAAUGAGGGGCACCUGGUUGAUCAAGUGCAGUCAGAAAUCAGUGAUGCUGAAUUUUCUGGGGUUGAGAAUUUAACCGAGCAUGAAGUAAACACUGAUACAGUUCAGGCUAGACUUGCAUCUUUACUUCUGCGAUUGCAUACAGUUUUGCAUGUCUCAAAGACAGCAGUUCAGCAAAUAGUUACAGAAUUUAGGGAUAUUGGUGUUUUAGUUGGUGAGCUAAACAAAAAUAUUCUUGAUAAAGUAUUGAGGCAGCAUGGUUGUUCCAUUGAUGAAAGCACUUUAAAUAUAGUUAAAGAUACUUUGUGCCAGACUAAUCAUUUUAGCUGUCUUUCAGAAGGUGGGUGUUUGGGAACUGACAAAAGAAGGUUAUCAUUUUUCAAAGAGAACUUCAGUGUUAUUAACCCAGUUGAAUAUGUUUUAGAUUUGUCAUCAAAACGAACAUUUGUUUAUGUGUCAAUCUUGGGUGUUCUUCAAGUAUUGUUGAAUAGGGGUGAUGUACUUGACAGAGUUUUAGAAGAAAGACAAAAAUUUCAAUCUGGGCAUUAUGCAUCUUUUUCUGAUGCAUCAUACUGUAAGGAAACUCCACUUAUUUCUGGUGAAGAUCUAAGUAUUUCUCUGGGCUUGUACAUUGAUGAUUUUGAAGUCUGUAAUCCUUUAGGAACCUCAAGGAAAAAACAUAAAUUGUGUGCCAUCUAUUGGGUAAUUGCUAAUUUACCUGUAAGAGACCGAUCAUCCUUAUGUACUAUAUAUCUGGCUGCCCUAUGCAAAAGUCAAGAUGUUAAAACAUUUGGUUACAGUCCAAUUCUUCAACCAUUGCUGAGAGACCUAAAAUUGCUUGAAAAUCAAGGUAUUCACAUCAAUAGAUUAGGAACUAGUGUGAGAGGCACAGUAAUAUACAUUUCAUCAGAUAAUUUGGGGGCACAUUCUUUUGCUGGCUUUCAAGAAUCAUUUAAUGUGGACAAGUUUUGCAGAUUUUGCCUUGCAGGUCGAAAAGAUAUUCAAACUUGUUCUGUAAGAAGUGGUGCAUUUGUAUUGAGAACAAGAGAGUCACAUAACCUAGACCUCUCUGAGCUUAAGGACAAUGUGACUUUGAAAAGUGUCAAUGGGGUAAAAAGGGACUGUGUUCUAAAUGAACUACAGUACUUUCAUUGCAUCACAGGGUUUCCACCUGACCUUUUGCACGAUCUUUUGGAAGGCAUUGUACCUUUUGAGCUGUGUUUGUGUUUGAAAAAAUUAAUUCAAAAAAAAAAAAUAUUUCACUGUAGAUCAUUUAAAUACUGCCAUACAGCACUUCCCUUAUAAGUUUUCAGACAAAACCAAUUGUCCUCAGAAAAUUCCAGUAAAUUUUCAUUUGGUCGGAACAAUAGGAGGGAAUGGCCAUGAGAAUUGGACUCUGUUAAGGUUGUUGCCAUUAAUCAUUGGUGAGUUUGUUCCUGAAAAUGAUAACGCUUGGUCUGUGAUUCUCGAAAUAAAAGACAUUGUUGAAAUCUUGGUAUCGUCCAGUUUCACAGAAGAAAGCCUCUCUUACUUGGAAGCAAAGAUCUUUGAACAUAGGAAACUUUUAAUAGAAGUGUUUCCUGAUGUGAAACUCAAACACAAACAUCAUUUCCUUGAACAUUAUCCCGGUCUAAUUCGUUGCUUUGGACCCGUGGUGGACUUCUGGACAUUUCGCUUUGAAGCUAAACAUAGCUUCUUCAAGAAAGCAGCCCGGGAUCUAAAUAACUUUAAGAACAUUGUUUUGUUCUUGGCCAACAAACACCAACUUAUGUUGGCAUACUUUUUGGACAUGCCAUGCCUGUACAAGCCAGCAGGUGAAGUAGAAAGAGCAACAUACAGUUCCCUAGAAAAUCUGUCGACCUUAGUCAAACAAGCUAUUCAGCACAAAUUCAGUCAUCUGACCACUGUUUCACUUGCCACAACAGCCUUUAUACAUGGGACCAAAUAUGUAAAGGGCAUGUUUGUAUCAUUUGGAAGCACGAGUGGACUCCCUGACUUCUGUCAAAUCCUGUACAUUGUGGUAGUGCAGCAAGGCAUUCUUUAUUCUUCAACCUUUCUCCACCUGGUACCUGGACCACUUCAGAUGUUUUGAAGUUUGCAGCACUGAUGAUCUCCAACUUGCUGUGGUCGAAUCUGCAGAGCUGAACCACUACGCCCCCCUGUCAGCCUACCUCUUGCAAGGAAGACACCUGGUUUCUCCCAAGGCAUCCCUACUGCACUGAGGCUUGAGCCUGCUCUGCCGCUGGGAGAUGACCAUCCCCAUCUUACUGAAGAC